AUGGCCGACUCGGAUCCGGGCCUCUGGGCCCAAAUCCUUGGAAAGGCUGCCUACGAGUUCUCGCUGAUGCAGCCAAUGUUGCCCACCUACAUCCACUUGAUCGUCUCAGCCCUCUUCCCAAUAUACGCCGGCGCACACGCCUCGCUCACACGCCCGUCAACCGCUGCGAAACCCGCUAAGAAAAAAAAGAGGUCAAACACAAGCGAUGAGGAUAUGGAGGAUGAUGACGACGACGACGAAGAUGAAGACGAGCAGCGCAUCAUGGAAGGCUUGUCGCCCACAGAUGCCUUGCUCAUGCCUCUCUUUGCAGGGACUGCCCUGGCUUCGCUGUACUUUCUUCUCAAGUGGAUGAAGGACCCCGCCCUGCUCAACAAAAUCCUUAAUGCCUACUUUGCCGUCUUUGGCGUCUUCUCCGUCUCACGACUGGUCACCGACCUCCUUGACAUUGGCCACUCCAUAUUAUACCCGCGCCGACAUGUCGUUGGCCGAGCGCUAUACCACAUUGACGGUGAGGCGGCCAAGGCGGCUCCGGUAGCUGGUGAUGUCAAGGACAAGCAGCCACUCGUGACGCCUCUACCAGGCUUCCUUUCUAAGAUCCCACUGUCUGAAGGGGCAAGGAAUCUACUCUGGGCUGAUCGAGCCAUGCCAGGCAACAAGUGGACGUUGAAACUCUACAUGCAUCGCGUCUUCUCCGGCAAGUUCAAAAUUGGGCCUCAUGGCAUGGUCGGCGUUUUGACUGGGCUUGUAACUGUGGCCUACUUUAACUUGGUUGAUAAGCCAUGGUACUUGACAAAUUUGCUGGGCUUUGGAUUCUCAUACGGUGCCUUGCAGCUCAUGUCUCCCACGACAUUUGCCACAGGUAGUCUGAUUUUGGGGGCACUCUUCUUCUACGACAUUUACUUUGUCUUUUUUACGCCCAUGAUGGUAACUGUAGCAAAGUCACUAGAUGUUCCCAUCAAGCUCAUGUUCCCACGACCCGCUGCAGCCGACGACCCCACUUCAGUCCCCUCGCACGCCAUGCUUGGUCUUGGUGAUGUCGUCUUGCCUGGCAUCAUGAUUGGUCUUGCCUUGCGUUUUGAUCUAUAUCUCUUCUACCUUCGUCGCCAAACGUGCAGACCCGCUGCUGCAGGAGAAGGCCAAGAAAUUGUUGAAAAGCCAGAAUACUACUCGCUAACUGGACGGUGGACCGAUUACUUCUGGACGCAUUCCCUUACAGGCCGGCCACUUUGGGUUUCUACCAAGACGAAUCCUGAGACAGAGGCUCCUUUUACAUUCCCAAAGACAUAUUUCAACGCUGGCUUAGUUGGCUAUGUCCUGGGCUUGCUGGCUACCCUCAGCGUCAUGAUGAUCUGGAAUCACGCACAACCCGCAUUGCUUUACCUGGUACCUGGCGUGCUCGGCAGCAUCUGGCUUACCGCUCUGGUCCGUGGUGAAAUCAAUCUAAUGUGGAACUAUACCGAGGAGAUUGAGGACGAAGAACAGGCAGAGACUAGCAAUACUUCUGAUCCCAAGAGUCCUUUGCCCAAGAACGAAUCGAGUGCGGGACAAGCAUCGCAAAAGAAACGGGCUUCGAGCCGCAAAUCAGACAAAGAAAUCUUUUCCUUGUCCAUCGAGGCACCGUGGCAGCUCAAGAAGUUAAGCGAUGACGACGGAUAUGACGAUAAACCAAAGACUACCAGCGCAAAAGAUGCUUCGCAAAACAUCGAUACUAAACAAAACAACUGGGUAGCGUCGACCACUACGGCUGUGGAGCGUGUAGAUGCUGAGCCCGCGGGCAAGCGUCUCCGCGUGAAGUAAUCGAAAUGAAAAGAUGACGUCAUGGUCUGAUCUCCUUCUUUCCCUUCUUCUUUAGGGGGGUUUUUUAUGGGGAGGUUGGGACAUUGUCAUCGUGUGAAUGUCAUGACUGGGUGGGGGGGUGCAUAGCGAACUGGCAUUUUUUUAUGUCGGGCUUUUUAACAAGAAGUUAUGGGAUGAAAUAAAUGAAUCGAAUCCAUAUGUUGGAGGUGGCCAUGUUUUGGUUUAAAUCAUGUCAUGUGUCAUGUGAAUUGAGUCUCUAACUCAUCU